AUGGUGUUGGAGGCUAGGAGUCUGAGAAAGGCAGUUGUGCCUUCUGCUCUUAUCGAGGAUCCUUCACCUGGAAACUUCCAGUCCACUCGCCUUGCUCUCCAUGUUAAUGAGGAUGGCUCCUCUUGUUUGGUCUACAUUGCGUCUGGCUGUCAAGUCUAUAAACUCCAGUGUCUUUGUUAUGCUACGAGCGAGGUGGUUUUUGAAACGCACAAGAGUGGUGAACUUAUGUGGAAUUUGAUAAGGGCAAUUCAAACAGUGCCUUUGUCUAGGUUUGUUUGCAUUCGCAUUUUAGAACAGGUUCUUUCUUUAAAAAGGAAAAUUGGGAGCACUUGUGUGAAUUUGCUGUUACGAAAGUUCGAUACGUGUCCUGAAAAGAAUCAAUUUUUGAAAAGCGGGAAAAAGAGCCAAAUUGUGAAACGAAGGGAAAAGGAGCUUCCAAAACAAGUUCCUAUGGACGAUUCUUCUGUCAGCGAAGGGAAAGAAAGCCUCCUCAUUCCUGUACAAACACAGGUCAUUGACUCUUCAUUAGUUAAUCGCUGCCCUCAUCGGUCGGAAAUUCAGAGUAUAGUGCUUUCUGAAACUGAAAGCCCUGGUUACUUGGUGUUGGGAAGUGUGGAUUCUUAUGGACACCUUAUUGUUUCCAAACUAGAUAUUAGUGGUAAAGUAGAAGUGCCUUAUCAAAGUGUAUUUCUGUUAUUUUCAGAUAUUGAUCGGCUAACUUAUUCAGUAUUACCUCGAGAUUCUGGUGUUGGAGAAGGCAGUUGGGCUGGCCUUUGCUUCAGUCCAAGUCAAUGGUCCAUGGCAGCCGUAGCGCGUAGCUUUUGCAAAAGCAUUGAUGUUUAUGACCAAGAUAUCCAUGUGCGCACUUUACGUACACUCUGGUACCCAUCGUCAUUGAACUUUUUGGAGAAUUUGGGCCAUGGGAGUGAAAAUUCUAUAUUAGCUGUUGCUGAGGGCUGCCAGCUGACCCUAUGGGACUUGAGAAUGAAAGAAAAUGGUGGUUGUCUACAACGAAUUUGUGGUUCUGUAGGUGAUAUUUUCUAUGCUGUAUGCAGUUCCUCAACUGGUCAUGUUGCAGUGGGUGGGGCUGAUCGUACUGUGACCAUAUAUGAUCCUCGCAGGUUGGUUGUUACAGUUGGAUUGUUGGGAACAAUGUAUGAGAAUAUAGAUUUUAUAAAAAUGGCUUGGGAUUUUUGUUUCCUAAUGAGCAAGGUCUCUUUUGUGACUUGUGAUGGUGAUGAUUUAGAUGGGCCCCAAUUUCCAGAUGGGUGCAUUGCUCAAAAUACGAGAAAUGUAAUGGCUUUCAAGACUAAGAGCUGGAUUUCUGGAUGCAUAACCGGACUAGCAUUCUCAUCGCUUGACCCUGAUUACAUCUAUGUCCAAGGGGUGGAUUAUGAGGUCCUUUGUGGGCAGUGGAAAGAAUGCAAUAAGGUCUUUUCAUUUAGAGGAGAUUCAAACUGGCUUGGGUUCAGCAAGUGCUCCAACAGGGAUGUAAUGGGAGGUUGGUGUGAUUCUGGUAGCAUCUUCUUGGCUGAUGUUGGAGCUAAAGAGAGUGAAAUAAACAUUUUAACAGAUCUUGAAAACUAG